AUGAGACUCCUCCUGUCGCUCCCGGUCCUGGUGGUGGUUCUGUCGAUAGUUUUGGAAGGCCCAGCCCCAGCCCAGGCGGCCCCUGACUUCUCUUCCACCUUGGAGCGCAUCCCGGACAAGCUGAAGGAGUUUGGAAAUACCCUGAAAGACAAGGCCAAGGCAGCCUUUGACAGAAUCAAACAGAGUGACAUUUAUGCCAAGACCGGGAGCUGGUUCAACAAAAUGAAGGAGAAACUCAAAACUGCCUUCUAA